AUGACUUCCAUUCUCGUGAUCAAUCCAAACUCCUCAGUUUCAGUUUCUGAAAACCUCCGUUCCACCGUGGCAGCCCCACCAGGCGUAACCCUCGAAUACUACACUGCUCCACUGGACGCUCCUCCAGAGAUCAGUGGUACCGAAACCCUGAUCCAGUCAGAACAAGCAUCACUUCCUGAUAUCCUACAAAAGAACCUUCUUGACAAGUAUGAUGGGUUCCUUGUCGCUUGCUACUCAGACCACCCAUUAGUCUACUCUCUAGCAAAACACACCUCCAAACCAGUGCUAGGCAUAAUGCAAGCUACUCUCUUAUAUAGCUAUGCCAAUGCCAGAGCCAGGAAGCUGUUUGUGUUGACCAGUACCAGUGGGUGGUUACCACUUUUAGACGAUGCAAUUACCAAAUUUGCCGGUGCUGGAACGUUUCCCUAUGAAAAAUUCCAGAAAACAAGAGCUCUAGACGUGCUGGUGUUGAACCUCAGUGACGCCUCGGAGUUUCUGAAAAUUACCGAUAGACUAGAGCUUUUUUUGCGCGAGUACGCUGAAGACCAUAUAGACUGCGUAUUGCUUGGAUGUGCUGGAAUGGCCGGGUUGGACGAAAAGCUCAGGGCAAAAUUUCCUUCCAUUGUAUUUAUCGACAGUGUAAAAGCUGGCGUCGAGUUUCUUGUAUCGCUUACCAGAUUGGGCCAGUAA